GACCAUGUUUGCUUCUCAGGAUAGUGGUGGGAUGUUGUCACUUCUUGGCAUGAUUGAGCAGUGUCUUAAAGCUGGGAAAAAACAAACUUGGCAUGCAGCCAGUGUCACCAAUAUAUGUGUGGGGUUACUUGCUGGAUUGAAGGCUUUGCUGGCUUUACGCCCCCAACCAUUGGGAUCAGAUGUAUUAAGUUCAGCACAGGCGAUCUUUCUGAGUAUUCUGGCAGAAGGGGACAUCUGUGCAUCACAACGCAGAGCAGCAUCAGAAGGUCUUGGUUUGUUAGCUCGCCUUGGAAAUGAUAUGUUCACUGCUAGAUUGACAAGAUUGCUUCAUGGGGAUGUAACGGGGGCAGCUGAUUUAUCAUAUGCUGGAUCAAUUGCUUUUGCACUUGGCUGUAUUCAUCGCAGUGCAGGAGGAAUGGCAUUGUCAAGUUUAGUUCCUGCAACUGUGAACUCUAUCUCUUUGCUAGCUAAGAGUUCAAUAGCUGGUUUACAGGUCUGGUUUUUGCAUGGUCUUCUUUUGACCAUUGAAGCUGCUGGCUUGUCCUACGUAUCACAUGUUCAGGCUACACUUGGUCUUGCUAUGGAUAUUCUUUUGUCUGAGGAGAAUGGAUGGGUUGACCUUCAACAGGGAGUGGGCCGUCUCAUAAAUGCAAUUGUUGCUGUUCUUGGUCCUGAACUUGCUCCUGGCAGCAUUUUCUUUUCACGUUGCAAGUCUGUUGUUGCAGAGAUAAGCUGCCAGCAAGAAACAGCAACACUUCUUGAGAGUGUUCGUUUUACACAACAACUUGUACUUUUUGCCCCACAAGCUGUUACUGUGCACUAUCAUGUACAAACUCUCCUCUUGACUUUGUCAUCGAGACAGCCAACUUUGAGGCAUCUAGCUGUGUCCACUCUGCGACAUCUCAUAGAAAAAGACCCGGCAUCUGUUAUUGAUGAACAAAUUGAAGAUACCUUGUUUCAUAUGCUUGAUGAAGAAACUGACACCGAGAUUGGAAAUUUGGUGCGUUCCACAAUUAUGCGUUUGCUCUAUGCAUCAUGCCCUCUAUGUCCAUCCCAUUGGCUAUCAAUCUGUCGUGCCAUGGUUCUUGCUACAUCUACAGGAAGAGAUCCUGGGACCAAUGGCAAUUUAGAAAAUGAUCCUGAUGGCGACACAAGAUUGAAUUUUGGAGAUGAUGAUGAAAACAUGGUGUCUAGCUCUAAAACCUCAUCCUUUCAAGGUUAUGGAUUUGAUUCAACCAGAGUAAAUACCAAAAGAGAUAAUCAUCUCAGAUAUAGGACCCGAGUUUUUGCUGCCGAGUGUUUGAGUCAUCUACCUGCAGCUGUUGGGAAGGAUCUUGCUCAUUUUGACCUCUGUGUGGCAAGAAAACAACCUGCUAAUGGACUGACCUCUGGUGACUGGCUAGUCCUCCAUGUGCAAGAGCUAAUAUCGCUUGCUUAUCAGAUAAGCACAAUCCAGUUUGAGAACAUGCGGCCCAUUGGUGUGGGACUUCUAAGUACCAUUAUGGACAAGUUUGAAAUGAUACCAGACCCUGACCUUCCUGGACACCUUCUACUUGAACAGUAUCAGGCCCAACUAGUAUCUGCUGUCCGCACUGCAUUAGACACAUCCUCUGGCCCUAUUCUUUUGGAGGCAGGCUUGCAGCUGGCUACAAAGAUACUAACGAAUGGGAUAAUUGGUGGAGAUCAAAUUGCAGUUAAGAGAAUAUUUUCAUUGAUAUCACAUCCACUGAACAACUUUGAGGAUCUUUACUAUCCAUCAUUUGCAGAAUGGGUAUCAUGCAAGAUCAAAAUAAGACUUUUAACCGCCCAUGCCUCUCUCAAAUGUUAUACAUAUGCCUUCUUGAGGAAACAACAUGCUGGGGUUCCAGAUGAGUAUCUAGCUCAAUUACCAUUAUUUUCAGGAAGUUCAAGUGUACUGGGGAAGUACUGGAUCUCAAUUUUAAAGGACUACAGUUAUGUCUGCUUCAGAUUGCAUCUUAAACAAAAAUGGAAACCAUUCCUUGAUGGAAUUCAAUCACCUCUGGUUUCAACAAAGUUGCAGCCUUGUUUAGAAGAAGCCUGGCCUGUAAUCUUACAGGCAGUUGCACUGGAUGCAGUUCCUGUGCAUUUUGACAUGAAUCUAUCUUCCCAAACAACUGGGAAUAACUCAAAUAAUACCUUCAUCUCUGGAUACAGCAUGGUUCAAUUGAAACCAGAAGAAUUUCAAUUUCUGUGGGGCUUUGCUCUACUUGUUCUAUUUCAGGGACAAGAUCCAACCCUUCAUAAACAUUUGAUAUGCCUGGGUUCUGCUAAAGUCAAAUUUGGUGGUGACUCUCCAGUUGAAGAUACAAACCCUCUGGCUUUGAAGUUAUAUGAGAUUGUGUUACCAGUGUUCCAGUUACUCUCCGCAGAAAGGUUUUUCAGCAUGGGUUUUCUUACUGUGGAUAUCUGUAGAGAAUUGCUGCAGGUUUUUUCAUAUUCCAUUUGCUCGGAGGAUACAUGGGAUAGUCUUGCAAUUUCUGUCCUUUCAGAGAUUGUCCAGAACUGCCCCAAAGAUUUCCUUGAAGCUGAAAAUUUUGCAUCUUUGGUCGUGGAACUUUGUUUGGCUUACCUUUUUAAAAUUUUUCAGAGUUAUGCUGCAACUUGUUCAGAUAAUUCAGACUGGGAGGAUAUGAUUUCUGUGUCGCUUACUACAGCAAAGACACUCCUUGUACGUCUUGAACCUGAGAGGCAAUUAAAAUCCAUGUUAGCAUUUCUGUUAAUUGGUUACAAAUACAUUAAAGGAGCUUCAACUGAGUUAUGCUUUUCAAAAGCUAAUGACUUUGUCCAGUGCAUGAGUUCAUUAUUGAAGACACAUAUUGAUGAUAAAUCUAAAUCAGGUGAUGAUGGCAUUUGCUACAUGAGAACCAUAAUUGGAGCUUGUCUAGAUGUGGUUGCUAGUUUAACAAAGGAUUGCAUUGAGAGCAUUCAUCUAUUGGAGAAGAAAAGGUCUAGCACAUGCAAGCUGCUGCAAAUGAAGCUUGCUUUUGCCCUCAAACAAAUGCCUUUGUUAGCUAAGCUGGCUUAUGAAAUUGAGUGUCCAGGAGAAAACCAAGAGAAAAAUCCCAUCUUAUUUACUGUCAUCCAACAUUGCACUAAAUGUAUCCAGACCAUUCUUUCUGACACCAACAUACAGGUUCAAGCAAUUGGUCUGCAAGUGCUGAAAAGCAUUGUACAGAGAGGCAACAAUUCCGAAAGCAACUCUUUCCUACUGUUCUUUAAUGGGGAGCUUCUUAGAGAUAUUUUCACUAUAAUUGACAAAAUGCUGAAGAAACCCAUAAACACAGAAGCAGUGGCUAUUGCCAGUGAGUGUUUGAGAAUCUUGGUGAUUCUGCAAACAUUGUCAAAAGCAAGUGAAUGUCAGAAAGGUCUUAUGAAUCUGCUUUUGGAAGCUAUUGUCAUGGUUUUCUCAGCAUCAGAUGAUGAUCUUUCUCAGGAACUCAAUGAUUUAAGAAGCACUGCUAGAAAGCUUGUUUCUCAACUUGCUCAAAUUCCUUCCUCAGCAGUUCUUUUGAAGGAUGUCUUGUUAGCGAUGCCAGUUUCAAACAGACUGCAACUUCAGGGAAUCAUUCGUGCUUCUGUUACCCAAGAACACAAUACAACACAAAUGAAAUCCACGAUGCCAUCUUUGGUGAUAAAGUUACCUGUGCAAACAGAAGAAACUAGAGAAAAAGGCCCCACCACAUCAACUUCUAUAGAGCACUUUGAUGAUAGUAGUGAGGAAGAGGAAGAGGAAGAAGAUGAUUGGGAUACUUUCCAGUCAUUCCCUGCCUCUACAAAUGAAGUUGUGUCAAGUUCAAAAGUUGAAAGUUCCAUAGAAGAACCUGCCUUGGUUGAAAACCCUUCAAUUUCAGAUUUUAAUGCUGGAAGCAGUGACUUCCAAGACCACUCUGAUUCCGUGCCUCCAGACAAUGUAAAAGAAGUCACUGAUGCAGAUCAAAAGUUUAUUGAAGGGGAAAUGAUAUCUGAUGCAGGUGGUGGCAAAAAUCAAAUAAAAGAAUCUCAUUGUUCCUACUAUAGUAGCCAUGAUACUGAGCAACGUAAUGGUCACCAUCAUCAGGAAAAGGAUGGACCAGUGCCAAGCCCUGAUGAUCAAUCAUUGUCUGAUCUUCAACCUGUUGAAGUUGCAGAAGGAUUCACUGAGCCAUGUGAUGAUCACUUCGAGGAAAGAAGGCAGACGUUUUCCAGCAAUGAGAAUCAACAGACAUCUGAUCUUCAAUCUGUUAACGUUGCAGAAGCUUGCAUUGAACCAUUUAAUGACCACAACGGGGAUAAUAUUCAAGCAGAACUAAGCUGUGAAAAUGACCAGGUCUCUGAUCUUCAAUCUGUUGACUCUGUACAAGGAUAUACUGAACCAUUUGAUGAUCACCAUCAGGAUGGAGAUGAAAUAGUUGCCUUUGAUUAUGAUAGUGAUCUAGCCUUGUCUGAUCUUCAAUCAAUAGAAGAUGCAAAAAGAUCAGUCCAACUCAAUAUAGCAGGUGAUGAUGAGCAAAGCAAGAGGAGUCCAGGUGAAGUAAAUGAUCUUCCAGGAAGCUCAGAUCCUCUGCAUCCUAAAGUUUUUUCUGAUUUCAAACACCCCAUGGUAACAGAAGAUAAAACACAGGUGGGGUUGAAUGUGGAAGCUAAUGAAGAAGCUGCAAACAAAAUGACAGCUAAAAACGAGAGCGCUGACAUGCAUGACGAGAGUAGUGAAGGUUCAGGAUUACCAGAGGGAGUAGAUAAUAGUACACAUGUGGAGUCGAAUGUGGAAGCUGAUGAAGAAGCUACAAACAAAAUGACAGCUAAAAACGAGUACGCUGACAUGCACGACAAGAGUAGUAAAGGUUCAGGAUUACCAGAGGGAGCAGAUGAUGGAGAGAAAAUGGAAGUUGCUAGUGACAUUGAUAGAACUUAGGUAUUUGUUGCAAGGAGACUAAAUUUUGUUCAAAGUUGGUGUGCUAUAUAAUCCAGGCACAAUGGGGUGAUGGUCAAAUUUGAGAUUCCUAUUAUACUUGAAUAUGGUUUCGAGUCUCAAGUGAAUUGUAGUGUCACAAGUGCAUGUGUACAACAGGAGCAUACCACUGUGAGCUCCGGUUUCAACUUAUCUGGGUAUCCUAGAUAAUCUACCGGAGCUAGAGCUAUUGUAUUGUUGGAGAGUAGAAUUGUUUGGGAGUUCUGAAGUAAUGAUUUUUUGAAAUCUUGGUUUACUCCAUUCUUCAGCAGUGUUUUGGGGUGAUCGAGGGGUGGGGAGAUAAAAGUAACGAAGAUCAGUUAGGCGAUUCAGGAAGGUCAGAAUUCGUUCCGUAAGUACAGCGACAACUCAUAUGAAGGUAUGAUGUUUGUACCCACAUAAAGAGACAUGGUGUGUGAACUUGCUGCAUUUCAUUUUGUUUUGUACUUAUUGCAAGCUAUUCACAAUGCUUAUUUGCAAGAUUCUGCUUAUCCUUGUUUUAUUACUUGAACCGGUCUCCAAAGGGUUCAUUUGUUUCAUCCUCCCUUGCAAUUUUUCGCCAUUACGUUAAAUCGUUGCUAAUUGAUUUCGUAGAUGGCUAAUCUUCAUUUGAUCUUAAA